CCAAUGGCUGAAUGCAAUGUCAUUGAUGGACUGUUUCAGCCAAAGUAUAAAAAUGGACAUAUCAGUAUUUGUCAGCAUAGUACAGAAAGAUAGGUGGAGUGUCUGUGACAAUUGUCAAUUAAAACAAGGUUUUUUUGUGUACAAGUCUUACCGUGAUCAUAUAAGAAAAAUAGUCGUGUCAGACAGGAAAAAAAAAAAAAACUUGCGACACGGGCAAGGGGUCAUUCUAUUGUCAAUCAAUGCUAAAGAGAAAAAAAAAUUAAGUUUCUAUAUUGGUUCACAUGAUGUCGCACGUCGAUAAAUUUAUUUCAACUCAGAUUGGAUUUCAACAUGCAAGACAUGUUAAACAUGAACGAGAUGACUAUAAGCCACUGUACCGUCAACGAAUCAAUCAGGACGAAGUAGAAGCUGGAUCAAUUCUAGUUGCACUAGCAAACCAUAAGCCUAAAACCAUGUCCAUCCACAAUCUACUCGAAUCAGACAAUAAAAGACCACCAACACCAUCUUUUUCUCAUCAGCAUAAUAGAUCAUCACACGAUCAACGAUUCUCAGCAGAUGAACAACAACAUUGUAAAUACCACCCUUAUCAACAACAACAGCACAGUAACAAAAAGCCUACUACAAUUAUCUCCAAACAACAACAAUUGCCACAACAACAUCAUGAAUUCUCAAGGCAAUAUAUAAAAAUGAAACGAAAUCCUAAAAUUCGUCGUAAUGCACUUCAAGCAUACAUUAGUUACAUGACUUACACAGAUAUUGCACGUAAAAGAAUGAAACAAGGAGUACAUCCUGCUCCUACAUUAUCGCCGCCUCAUGCUCCAUAUCGUCCAAGAUAUGAUGCGGCUGCUCAGCCAUCGUCAAGGCCUCCUCCUCCUCCAACAACUCCUCCUUCGCAUACUACUUCUCCUCAUCCUCCUCCUCCUGCCACUGUGAAUAAAGUCAUUGUAGAUAAACCGCUAACUGCCUUCUUACAUGGUCCCCUUCAGCAAAGAUUCCCUCCUAUUCAACGUGAUACGAUGCGUUAA